ACCAAGAAAAUUGGUGGCGGUGGCUUCGGGGAAAUUUAUGAAGGCAUUGAUCUGAUCAGCAAGGAAGCUGUAGCUUUGAAACUUGAGUCAGCCAAGCAGCAGAAGCAAGUAUUGAAGAUGGAAGUGGCAGUUUUGAAAAAACUGCAAGGGAAAGAUCACGUUUGUCGGUUUAUUGGCUGUGGAAGAAAUACGUUUUCCUUGUCCACGACGUUGCGGCUAGGUGUUCAGAUCCUUCGUGCCAUCGAAAAUAUCCACGAAGUCGGCUUCCUGCAUCGUGAUGUCAAGCCCAGCAACUUCGCCAUGGGCCGGGCGCAGCAUUUAGGACGGAAGGUGUUUAUGCUGGAUUUCGGACUGGCGAGGCAGUACACGAACGCGACCGGGGAAGUGCGUACUCCGCGAGCAGCCGCGGGAUUUCGCGGCACGGUGCGCUAUGCCAGCCUCAACGCCCACAAGAACAAGGAAAUGGGGCGACACGAUGACCUCUGGUCGUUGUUCUACAUGCUGGUGGAGUUCGUCAACGGCUCUCUUCCGUGGAGAAAAAUCAAAGAUAAGGAACAGGUUCGUCGUCGGUGUUGUCGCUGCUGA